AUGCACAAGUUGCAAAAGCCGGAACCCGAGUACGAGCCGGACCACGAGCAUGGGCACGGACACGGGCACGAGCAGGACUACGAGCACGAGCACGGAAACGGACACGGACACGAGCACGACUCGGAGCGUGAACGCACACCAUCCCCGAGUCUGGCGAGCGAAUUGCGACUCCACCAUCUCUCCCGCCCCGACCGCUUUCGAUCCGGAUAUCGCCCCUCGUUUUACGCUGCAUACGCACGUGCUGCCAGGCGUUACCAGUUUGAAGCGAGCAAAUAUGGAAGCUUUGCAUAUCGGAAAAAUGCCGUCGUGAAAGUAAGGGGCAUGUUCGACAAUGCUACCGACCACGAGGUCCCUGCAGAAGCGAUCCAGAACGCCUGCCUCGAAUAUGUCGUACCCGUCAGCAUCGGCACACCAGGGAAGCAGCUCAUGCUAGACUUCGACACGGGUUCAUCCGACCUUUGGGUCUGGAGCUCGGAGGUAGCGGGGGCCGGGAAAUACCGAGCGAAACACCGCCUGUAUCAUCCACAUCUGUCCACUACCGCGAAACGAGUAGACGGGACAUGGAAGAUCUCCUAUGGUGACGGGUCAUCUGCCUCGGGCGACGUCUGGAUGGACCAUAUCUCGGUCGCAGGGGUGCAUAUCCACGGCCAAGCGAUAGAGGUGGCACAACAUCUCAGUCGGGCCUUCCUCACAGAUGGAGGAAACGACGGUUUGCUCGGGCUUGCGUUCCCUAAACUGAAUACAGUGCAGCCGCACCGUGUCGCAACUCCCGUAGAGAACAUGCUGGAAAAGAGACUGAUUGACCCCCCCGUCUUCACCUGCAAACUUGGCCAUGGUUCUGAACAGAGUUUCUAUUCAUUCGGGUUCAUCGACAAAUCGGUUACCAGACAUCCUAUCGUGUACCACCAUGUCGACUCUUCGCGAGGCUUCUGGGAAGUCGCCUCCACGGCGUACAUGGUAGGCGGGAAGCCGUACAAGAGCCGCGAUAACACCGCCAUUAUCGACACGGGGACGACGCUCUGUUUGGUGCACGACGACGCUGUCGACCGAAUUUACCACAGAAUCAACGGCGCGCGGUACAGCAACAGUCGUGGAGGCUGGAUAUACCCCAACCACGAGCGACUUCCCGAGAUUGAAUUCGCGAUUGGGCAUACCAUGUAUCGGGUUCGUGCUAUUGAUUUCCAUUACAGCGAUGCUGGCGAUGGCCUCACCUUCGGUGGUAUCCAGAGUCGUGGAGACCUAAAGUAUGACAUCUUCGGCGAUGUCUUCCUCAAGUCGCUCUAUGUCGUCUUUGAUCAAGCUAAUAUGAAAGUCGGCGUGGCACAAAGAGAUGAUUGA